AUCAGGAGGAGCUCUUAUUGGUUAUUAAGAGAAAGUUAUUAGAUGGUUUGUCGUUUUGUGGCAUUAUAUAUAGGCCAUAUAGACCAACUCUUCUUUUAUCAUACAUAUACUUUCUCUAAGUUUUCUUUUUUUAGUAAAAGUUUUCUAAGCUUCUCCAUAUCCUAUUAGUACGAAAGCCUAAUAGCCACCAAGAUAUUGAUUCUCUUUUAUAUUUUAUUAUUAGUUUGAGGCCUAGGAUACAAUUUGUUGCUCACCUUCAUCGAAAGUGAAGCUUUGUAUUGUAAUGUCUAUUUCUUUAUUUUACUUGAUAUAGUCUUCUUCUGCUUCAUUAUAUGUAACUUUGCUUAUAGUGAUUUUUUUUCUUUGAAAGAAAUUGCUUGUAGUGUUUAACGUUACAAAUUCCUCCAAUUUCAACUAUAUAUAUAUAUAUAUUCAUCAGUUUAUUUAUUUUGGAGUGAUGAUGAAUAAACGAAUUCGUGUUAACCCUGACGAAACAUACAAUUCACUUCAUCGUCUUGACUUUGUGAGAACUUAUGUCAAUCACUUGGUACCGGCCUUGAAGAAGAUCAACAUGGAAAAGAGUAGUAGUAGUUUUUGCCUCUGCAACGACCGAAAUGGUGAUAACGAGCUAGCCAAGGCUGUCCGAUUUGAAGUCGAUAUGGCAAUGGCACUAUCCGCAAAAGAGUUCUAUUUUGCAUGGAGUCGUGCCUUGGAAGCGAGGCUUAUUCAAAGAGAUAUUAGUUUAAAUAUUAUAAAAUUUGGGGGGAAUAAUUACAACAAUAACAAUAAUAGUAACAAUUCCAUAAUUGAAAGAGGUUCUUCCUUUCACGAAAUAUCUUUUACUAAUAUCGAUAAGAGUGGUGAGAGUAAUUCAGCUUUGUUGGCUUCUCCAAACCCUAGAUCAUGUGAGAUGAUGAUGAAGAAGAAGAGAAAAACGAGUACAAGUAGAGCAAGAAAAGGUGUAGCAAAGAAGAGUGAAGAGGACAUUAUUGUUGGUGACCGUUUUGGCCGAUUGAGAACACUUUUGCCCGGAGGGAAUGACAUAUUGGGAGACUCUGAUAAUCAUCAAUUGCUCACAGAAGUAGCAAGUUACAUAGCCUGCCUCCAGCUGCAGGUGAAUGCUCUCAAGUCUCUAGUGGAAUUAAGUCAUGAAUGAUGUAUAAAGUGAUAAUAUUUUGUUAUAGAUAUCAAUUUGUAGUUAAUUUACAAUAGCUAGAAUCUAAUUGUCCCAGUUUAUAAUAUUUCUA